CUUUUCGGCCACCAUAGAAAGACAAACCCUAGCUCCGGUUGUGUGACGUCAGAACAUAUGACCGGAAACAAUCAUAUGAUCAGUGUUUACAAAAAACCCCUCCUGCUUCCAUUCACACAGGCGCCGCUUCAUAUCCACGAGAUUUUGUAGUUUUGACGGUGAUCAUGAGGCUUGUGAUCCUUGAUGACUAUGACCUGGCAAGUGAAUGGGCUGCCAAAUACAUCCGCAACCGUAUUAUCCAGUUCAAACCCUGUGCCGAGAGAUACUUUACUCUGGGCCUGCCCACAGGAAGCACGCCACUGGGGUGUUACAAGAAGCUGAUUGAGUAUUACAAGAGUGGAGACCUCUCCUUUAAAUAUGUGAAGACUUUUAACAUGGAUGAGUAUGUUGGUGUUGGAGCCUAUCUUGGGAACACUGGGGGCCUGCCGAGGGACCAUCCGGAGAGUUACCAUUCCUACAUGUGGAACAACUUCUUCAAACAUAUCGACAUCGAACCACAGAACACUCACAUUUUGGAUGGCAAUGCAACUGACCUGCAGGCCGAGUGUGACUCCUUCGAGCAGAAGAUAGCAGCUGCUGGGGGCAUAGAGUUGUUUGUAGGAGGAAUUGGACCUGAUGGCCACAUUGCCUUUAAUGAGCCAGGUUCCAGUCUGGUGUCGAGGACACGAGUGAAGACACUGGCUAAGGACACUAUAGUGGCUAAUGCUCGCUUCUUUGGAAAUGACUUGUCUAAAGUCCCUACCAUGACUCUCACUGUUGGUGUGGGCACAGUUAUGGAUGCUAGAGAGGUUAUGAUCCUGAUCACAGGAGCGCACAAAGCCUUUGCCUUAUAUAAGGCCAUAGAAGAAGGAGUGAACCACAUGUGGACUGUAUCUGCCUUCCAGCAGCACCCUCGUACUAUCUUUGUGUGUGAUGAAGAUGCCACACUUGAGCUCAGAGUCAAGACUGUAAAAUACUUUAAAGGGCUGAUGCAUGUCCACAAUCAGCUGGUUGAGCCGACACACAGCAUGAAGGACUAUAAGGAUUAAGGCUGAAGGCCAGGGAGUACGUUGCCUCAUAUGGGAAUGAAGCAGAUUUACAUCAGUUUGCGGUAGUGGAACGUGGUUUCAGAGAUGACACAAGCCCCCCAAGACUCACAAAGGUGCCUAAAAUACCAGUGAUGUGUAGAUUACAGGUUUGCAUCACAUUAAUGUUUACUUGCACAACAGCAAAUGCAAACUCUUGUCUGCCAAUUUUAAAACUAUUGGUAAAGGCAGUAUUAUAAAGAUCAGGAUGGAAUGAGUAUCAAAGUUUUAUAAUAAGUCAUUUCUGGCCUUUCGUUGUUAUUGAAGAAAGACCUCUAGCAUAAAACACCAUUUUAAUUCACUCCUAUGUUUAAGGCUUUUUUUUGCGUAUUUAACGUGCCUUUGAGUGCUAUUAUUAUAUUGAUAUGGUGAAGACCAUAUCUUAUCGUUAAUUAUUUGGGUAAAAAAAUAUUGGUUCAUAUGACAUCUGGUUUAAGUUACUUGAAGGAUUUGGCAAACCUUUUCCUUUCAAUAGAAAAUCUUGAAACACAUACUUGUUUUAGAAUUUUAUGAUGAUUUAUUUGAAAGCUUAACCUACAGUGACUACAGUCAAUUCUCUAGAAUUUAUAUUGGGCUCUUGAUGGUGAAAUGUAAAAUGUCUUAAGAAGACAAAAUCAGUGGGUGUGGACAUGAUGGAAGUUUCACUAUACGGCCCUUUCUGUAGCCCAGACCUGGAUUAAACCUGACUAAUUAAUAUGCUGAUGCAUCCAAGUCAAAUCCAACCAAGUUGCCUUUUACAUUCUUGGCAGUAAACUAUAAUGUACAUGCUAAUGACCAAUCCAUCUCUGGAAUCUUAAGUGACUGACACAUUUUUUUGGGACCAGCAUUAGUGGUAUAUUUUCUGAAAAUUAUAUUCCCCAAAUUUAGUUAUUGAGUAAACUAUAACUAUGGGCCACUAAGUGACACUCACCAUCUGACAAACAGCAGCUUAUAAAGUCUGAUCCAGUCAAUGUAAACAAUUCAGCAUCAUAAAUCAAACUGAGCCUAUUUAGAGCGAAAGUAUAUGUUCCCAGCACAUGAACACUCCUAAAUAUUACAGUGUUGGCUGCUGUUUUAUAGUUAUCGUAAACCCAUUUUACUUUCUUUCCUUCUUCCUAGUGUUUAGAACUGUUACUGCAUGGAACGUUACCUUAGAAUUAUUCUGCGUACGACUGAAAUGAUUUGUAACCUCUUUGAACCUCAAUAUGUUGAUUCGAAUAAACUGUACCAUACCUG